AUGACAGAUUCUGUUUCUCAAUCUUAUUGUUCAAAUAUUCGUCCUCGUUUACCGAUAUCAUCCGGUCAUAGUCGUAGUCAUAGCGCUGAUCGUUGUGCAUUAGUAUUACCACAUCAACAACUUAGUUUAUCUGCUUAUCGUAUUGGUAUAGAUUAUCUAUUACCGAUCUGUUUACAAAAUGAAAAAACUGAAUUAAAAAAAUUAAAUGAAACGUUUUUAUCUUACAUUGAACGUCUAAGAUUAUUUGAAUCCUUUAAUGAAUGUUUAUCACAUCAAGCACAUCAUAUUCAACAAAGUAAGCAAAGAUCGUCUGAAAUCUAUGCACAAUAUACAAAAGAAUAUGACGACGAAACAAAAUCAAAAUUAGAAUAUAUUCAAAGGCAAACGCAAGAUAAUGAAGAGAAAUAUUCAAAUUUAGAAAAAGUAAUAGACAGUACAAAACAACGUCAUGAUCAUUUAUUAACGGAACGUGAUCAAAAUCGUUCAAUAAUCAAAGAAUUACAACGUAAAUAUUGUGAUUUGGAAUGUCAAACAAAAUUAUUAAAAUUUGAACUUGAAAAUGUAAAUUAUGAUAAAGAUAAUUAUCGUAAACAACUAAGUGAUUUAGAGGCUAUUCGAAAACAAUUAACGCAACGAAUACAACAAGAACAAGAACAAUAUCUCCUUUUAAAAUUAGAUGUUGAUGAAUUAGAAUUAGAGAAAGAAAUCAUAGUACAAGCACAUGAAGCUGAUACACAGACAGCUCAAGUUCAAUGUGAUAAUCUUUUGUAUGAUUUAAUAAAUAUGUUUCGUUUGGAUAGUUCCACCUCACGACAAACUUUGGCAUCAAAGUUAUUAGGUGAAUGUCGUGAUGAGUAUCGUACUAAAGAUGGUGAUAUGCGUGCUGAUUUUCAACGUCGAUAUACACAAGUCUACAAUGAAUAUGUUACAAAGCAACAGCAAGGUCAACAACUCGAUGUUACCCGCGAUGAAAUGGAAAAACAUCGUUUGAAUCAAGAAUUAUCAACUUUACAAGAGAAAAAGCUUGAAUUUCAAGAUAAUGUUCACAGUAUUAAACAUCGAAUCGAUUUAUUAAUAAAAAUUUUAGGCAAUGAAGAACAUCGACAAAUAGCUACACAAGAAUGUCAAGAACAAGAAAUAGGAAAAUUAAAAGAGAAAAUAAAACAAUAUGAACUGGCAUUAGAUACUGGAACCGGUGUUAAUAAUUCGGGACAAUCACAGUUAACAUUAGAUCAUGAAGUUAAAAAAUAUCGUGAAUUGUUAGAAGGUACCACUCAUCAACAUGGUUUAAAACAAAUAAUAUCAUCAGCAUGGUUAAAAGGAAUAAUACCAUUGCAUUCUCCAGUCUGUCCACGUAGUCCUACAGUAUCGGUAAACAAUUUGAUUUACCAUGAAGGCUCAUCUAGUCAGAUAGACCUUACAAUUCCUGCCAAUAACAGCGAUAAUAUAAAUGAUGGACAGGAAAUUAUUCGCUCCCGUCAUACAAGUGGUGAUUCUCAAUCAUACGACACUGCUGUAACAGCAACGUCAGAUACUGAUAAAAAGAAUAAAAGUUUUGAACAAGAACCAUUCGAUUUUGCGAAUGUCCAAGAAAAUCAAACCUUACCAUUUACUAUCAAUACCUCAAGUUCCAACGAUGGUCAAGUUCAACAACAACCUUUCUUUGAUAUCGAACAAAUAAACGACGUAAAAUGUGAUGCACAAUCAGCAGAGGUUCCAAAACAAUCACCACCCGUAACACCUGUCACUGAGAGCCCCACCGUCUCUCCAUCAACAACAGAGGGAAUAACUUCAGCGGCUUCUUCGAAUGAAGAACAAGGAAAUUUUUGGCGUCGUGGACGUGGCAGCACUAGUCAUCGUGGUUUUAGCGCUAGUGGAAAAAGACGAGGGAAAUAA